UUAGAAUUUCAUGUUAUUCGGUUUAUAUGUGUUUUAUAAAGGAAAAGUCGUUAUAAAUGAGCGACCAGCACGGGAAUGUCGUGAUUUUAAACACAAACGUCGUUGCGGGUUCCAGUAACUAUUUCAAUAAUACGUGUUUUGUAAACAGACGAAGCUGGAGUAAGUAAUACCCGGGUUCAGUUCUGGCAAGUAUCGAGCGAUGUUUGCUCCAGCGACUGGUGGCGGACCUUCCACCAUGGACGUGCUCAGAGAGAGAAUGAUUGAAAAGAAGCAGGGCUCCUUAAAAGCAGCGAAACUGAACACCUCGCUUGCACUGAAGAUCAAAACCAAGAUCCUAAAUAACUCCUCCAUUGUUCACACUUCUAUGAAAAUUAACAACAAAGCAUUGGCAUUAGCUCUGAGUGCCCAAAAGGAGAAAUGCAAAUUUUUAGAGAAGGAAAUGAUUACACUGCAAAAGGAAGCCGUGAUGCUAUAUGUUCAGAAUGCCUCAUAUAGUCACAGACAGAAGCACUUGCUUUCACUACUUAAAGAACUGCAACAGAGCACACAUGACAGAUUAGAUGCUGCUGUCAAGAUGUGUUCAGUUGAAGAUUGCCCAAGUCCAACUGUCUCCAAGAGAAGCAGCAAACCGCCUCUCCCAAACAGAGCAGGGGCCAGUUUACAGAAUGUUGGUAAUGAAGCCCUUUGUGCAGACCAGAAGUCACCUGUGGUGUCACUGGAGAAACAUGUGUUGCAGCCACAGCCACGGAGACCCGUGCAAGAGAAAUGCUUCGUGCAAUCACCCCUGGAGGAGACAGCUGUUAACAGGCAGUCUGAACCUGGGCAUUUCCUAGAAAAUAUGCAGCAUAUCGACCAAGAAGAUGCAGGAAUCUUUCGUUCCCCAUCACCUGUAGUGAAAGAGCCCUCCUAUCCCAGAGUCUCGCCUGACAGAGUCAUAAAAAAAGGGAGGAGAUCAUGCCUGAUUACUGGAGGACUUUUUGAAAGUUAUUCAAAAGGGUGCCCUGGGACUGAUGGCUCUACAGUCGUUAAAACUCGCAAAAAACAAUCUGGAGUGGGGAGUCCAGGUGUUUCUCUUGCUGAGCCCAAUGGCUCUAAAGAGAGUCUUGAAUUCCAGAUUCCUAAACAAGAAACCACAGUCUUUGAUGCUGAAAUGGAACUGACUGUCAAUGAGGAGACUAAAAUUGUAACUGUUGAAUCAAACUCCAGCAGGAAAAAUAUUGAGGAGAACAGAACAGCAAAGCCGCGGAGCAAAAAGGGUGAUCCUGAAACUCUGAGAAACAUUAAGAAAAAGAAAAGAGAUCCUAGCAAAGCUAUUCAACAUGUAAAUUUGACUCGCCCUGUCUCUGAAAAAUGUGUAAGUAUCAGACCUUUAGAUAAAGACAAGGCAAUCUCAGAUGCUGUUGGUAGUGACUUGCAAACAGCAAGUUCAGCCUCUGCAGCCGAGGUGAGUGUAGCAGUCAAUAAGCAGCUGUACCAAGGGGAAGACAGUUGCGGAAUAACAGAUGCCUCUCUGAACAAUGAAUGUAAAGACUGCAGAAACACGUAUAAAAUCUCAGUUUUUCAGAAUGCUGAAUAUACAGCUAGCAGAAAGGCUGGCAUAAUCUCAUCGGAAGCUUUGAAAUACACAAAUAAAUGUGAACAAAGCAGAGCAAUAUUUGGGCAAGUGGAAGAACCAUUGGAUCAACCAAAAGAUCUGUUGGAAGAAAAUACACUUGCUGAUUUUCAAACUGUAGAAACAAAAGCACAGGACUUUUUAAAUGUUGAGACUAAAGAGAGCAGAAGAACGUACUUAGUCUCAGGCCCUCCAAGAGUAACUGAUUGGAACACUGAAUGUAACGAUAACAGAAGAACAUUUGUAAUCUCAAAUUUUCAGAAGGCUGAACCCACAGCUAGCGGACUAUCGCACAUAGAGCCUGGGCAAGAACAGAAUUUACAGAACCUUGCUCUCAAAGAUAAAUCUGAAGAAAAUGCACACGGUAGCAAAUUAUUUGAUAGAGCUUUUGUUAUGUCAGACAGAUAUGUUGCCAAAAGGGAAAACCUCAUAAUCACCCUCCCUUUAUAUAAGGCAGAUGGUGGUUCUGUAGUAGAGGCCUGUGAAACAAAGGUUUGUGAAAGCAACAGUACAACGAAGGUCAGUAAACACAAAAAGAACAGCAGCAGAAAGAGAAGAUAUGUGGUUGAUGAAAUCUGUGCAGAAAAAGGCAAAAAUUCUAACAAUACUGCAAUGCACAGCCAACCUGAGAGUGGUCUAAAUGAUCCUGUUGUGCAACACUCUUCAAAAAGAAGCCGUAUUUCUCAGAAAUCAUGCUCUCACACAACACAAGGAGAGUUCAGUGCUAAUCCAAACAGGAAAACAUAUGUAAUUCAUCCUGCAAACAAGGUGAAAAGUUCUAAAAGCAGCCCUGAAAAUCAAACAAAGGAAGUGAAAUCUGAAAGCCACUGUGCAAAAUUUGCAUUUAAAGAACCUGUUGUCCCAAAUCCCUGUUUUGUGUUCACUCAUAAGGAAAGUGAGUGUGUAAGAGGUAGCAAAACCACUUCACAGGAAAAUCAUUUGGAAGACAGCUGUACUCCUCGGAAAAAAGAGUCCUCUUCACUGGCGGCUGUAAACUCUGACGGUGCCGGAGGUGUGAUUUUAAAGCCACCUUGUGUUCAGAAGGCAUCAGCAGGUGGAGGAGGUGGUGUGGGAGUUUGUAGAGUGCAGGACACGGGCGCUUCAGCACAAACCCCAGUGACUGUCGCCUUACCCAGGGCUGCAGCACAGAGAGCUAAAGAACACUCUGCCGUCCUGGAAAGCCUUCAGAAGUUGGUUCAGGAGGACAGUUCUCUUGGUGGAUUCCAGUGUUAUGGACCUGAAACUCAGCAGUGUGGCCUAUUUCACAAUCUUCAUUCUUCUGUGAAUACUGUUAAAGAAAGUGAGAAGAUUGCACAUACUGUGAAGAGAAGUCAAGACAAAACCCCUGAUGGAAGAAUACUGCAGACUGUAACCAACACCAGUUUGAGUACUUGUGAAGAAGCUGGAAUAUCCAAGAAACGCAGGCGAGCUGCAACUGUAGCUAACUACAAGGAGCCACGGCUUAAUAGCAAGUUACGACGUGAAGAUCAAGAGAAACUGCAGCCCUCUGUGUACAAGGAGGACAAAAAACAAAAUGAGAUGCAAAUUAAACUGGAAUCAGAUGGGCCUGUGUAAUCCCUUUUUGUGUUUUUUAAAUUAUAUAUUUUCUAUUUGAUCAAAUACAAUGUUGUAUAUAACUAAGUUGGUUUUAUUUUUACUGAUGUUGAAGGGAACCGUACCUGUAUGUGCAGAGUGUACUACAUGCUGGUCCACUCUGAGUUUUACUGAAAAUACAUAUAUGGUGGGACUUUGACUGUUAACAUUCCUUGUUUAGUAAAUAUUUCGGUAUCGCUUAUUUGUCCCGUUUUUUGCCGUUAUGCGGAAAUAAGGCUGUUUGAAAAUAUCUAUUUUAAUUUUUUUUUUGUUUA